UUACCUCUAUUUAUACUUCCUCUCAAUUUCAUUUUCUGUCCCAAGCUCUUUCUCUUCUUUGACACUAACCAAUCACCUCUUUCCCCUGCUUAUAUCCCCUGCAUUAUAUCUCCAAAUUCUCCCUCUUCCAGCUCAUCAAUGGCUUGCUUGGAGUUGAGUAAGGGGAACUUGCAGGCUAAGUUCAAAGAAGAUCAAGACGCAUGCACUCUUGAUGGAACUGUUGACAUGCAUGGUCGCCCUGCAAUCAGAACAAAAUCUGGACGAUGGGUUGCUGGAAUUAUCAUACUUUUGAACCAAGGUCUGGCUACACUAGCCUUUUUUGGAGUCGGAGUGAACCUGGUGUUGUUCCUGACAAGGGUUGUCGGUGAAAACAAUGCCGAUGCUGCUAACAGUGUGAGCAAAUGGACUGGGACAGUUUACAUCUUUUCUCUGAUUGGUGCUUUACUUAGUGAUUCCUACUGGGGAAGAUACAAAACUUGUGCCAUAUUUCAGGUCAUCUUUGUCAUAGGUUUGGUAUCACUAUCUUUAUCAUCAUACCUUUUCUUGCUCAUGCCUAGAGGUUGUGGGGAUGAAUUAACUCCAUGUGGUGCCCAUUCUAGCAUGGAGAUGGGGUUAUUCUACCUUUCUAUCUAUCUUGUUGCCCUAGGAAAUGGAGGGUAUCAACCUAACAUCGUCUCAUUUGGGGCUGAUCAGUUCGAUGAAGAAAACCCCAAGGAGGGACUUUCAAAAGUUUCCUUUUUUAGCUACUUCUACUUAGCUCUAAACCUUGGGGAGCUUUUCUCCAACACCAUACUGGUCUACUUUGAGGAUGAAGGGAUAUGGGCUUUGGGAUUUUGGGUUUCAGCUGGGUCUGCAUUUGCAGCACUGGUCUUGUUUCUUGUUGGGACCCCAAGGUACAGGCACUUCAAGCCGAGUGGCAACCCUCUUUCAAGGUUUUCCCAGGUCAUAGUUGCCGCGGUGAAGAAAUGGAGAGUCGAGGUGCCAUCAAAUGCAAAGGAUUUGUAUACUGUGGCUGGAAAUGAUCAGUCUUCCACAAAUGGUAAUAGGAGAAUACUUCACACCCAUGGAUUCAAGUUCUUGGAUAAGGCUGCAUUUAUCUCAUCAAGGGAUUUUGUUGACCAAAACCAAUGUAUUCGCAACCCAUGGCGCCUCUGCCCAAUUACCCAAGUGGAAGAAGUUAAAUGCAUUCUGAGACUACUUCCAAUUUGGCUCUGCACCAUAAUAUACUCAGUAGUCUUCACACAAAUGGCCUCCCUCUUUGUGGAGCAAGGUGCUGUAAUGAAAACUACUAUCUCAAACUUCCGAAUCCCACCUGCAAGCAUGUCUAGCUUUGACAUACUCAGUGUGGCACUUUUUAUCUUCCUUUACCGGCGAAUUCUUGACCCAUUAGUGGGUAGAAUUAAGAAAUCAGAUUCCAAGGGGCUUACUGAGCUGCAGAGAAUGGGAAUUGGCCUUGUUAUAGCAGUGAUGGCAAUGGUUUCAGCUGGAAUAGUGGAGUGCUAUAGACUAAAGUAUGCAAUAAAAGAUUGCAAAACAUGUGAUGGGUCAAGCUCCUUAAGCAUCUUUUGGCAAAUUCCUCAGUAUGCAUUCAUAGGAGCUUCUGAAGUUUUUAUGUACGUGGGUCAAUUGGAGUUCUUCAACGCACAGACACCAGAUGGGUUAAAGAGCUUUGGAAGUGCACUUUGCAUGACAUCUAUCUCGCUUGGGAACUAUGUGAGCAGUUUGCUUGUAAGCAUUGUUAUGAAGAUAUCAACUGAGGAUCACAUGCCAGGAUGGAUCCCAGGAAAUCUCAACAAAGGUCACCUAGACAGGUUUUUCUUCCUUUUAGCAGCCUUGACAACAGUAGAUUUGGUUGUCUAUAUUGGCUCUGCUAAGUGGUACAAGUGUAUCAAGUUGGAAGGGAAAUUUGAAGAGGCAGAUGAGGAAGAUGACAUUAAAGUUUGAUGUAAGGUCUGUGGUACCCAGCUUAUAUAAAUAAGAGAGAGAAAUGGGGGUUGCAACAAGCACUUGCAUAAAGUCUUCACGCUUGAAGAUAUGGGGAGUAAGAGAAACAUGUUUUCUUCCAACCAAGUCUCUUAUUACGUUCACUUCUAGCUGUUUCUACUACACCUAACUCAAUGUAGUAUUUAUCUCCAUGCUCUAGGGACUAAGAGAUAGCUUAGCUUAUAUAGUGUUGGGUUUGAAGAGGUGUAGUUUCUGGCUUGAAGGCUUUUAGAUCAUCUUCCAACAUCUUUGUCAUCCGUUGGUUCCAUUGCCACAACGGAUUUAACUAAUCUUCAGAAGUUUUAGGAUAAAAAAAUGACUUGGUUCUCUGUAUAAACUGCACCACAUCUUUGCGUAGGAGCUACUCUUUGAACAUUAAUAGAUGAUUCCCCCUUCCACUUCAAAUGUAUUUGGAUCUUUUAGUUGCAAAUAAUUAAGUAUGUAUCUAGCUAUAUAUAUAAAAUCGCAUUGUUAUUAUCUGAA